UCGCCCUCCCUUGGAUGCCGCCGAGAUGGGCAAGGUGCUGUCCAAGAUCUUCGGGAACAAGGAGAUGCGGAUCCUGAUGCUGGGGCUGGACGCGGCCGGCAAGACCACGAUCCUGUACAAGCUGAAGCUGGGCCAGUCGGUGACCACCAUCCCCACCGUGGGCUUCAACGUGGAGACCGUCACCUACAAGAACGUCAAGUUCAACGUGUGGGACGUGGGCGGCCAGGACAAGAUCCGGCCCCUGUGGCGGCACUACUACACGGGCACGCAGGGGCUCAUCUUCGUGGUGGACUGCGCCGACCGCGACCGCAUCGACGAGGCGCGGCAGGAGCUGCACCGCAUCAUCAACGACCGGGAGAUGCGGGACGCCAUCAUCCUCAUCUUCGCCAACAAGCAGGACCUGCCCGACGCCAUGAAACCCCACGAGAUCCAGGAGAAACUGGGCCUGACCCGGAUCAGGGAUAGGAAUUGGUAUGUGCAGCCCUCCUGUGCCACGACGGGGGAUGGACUCUACGAAGGGCUGACGUGGUUAACGUCCAAUUAUAAAUCCUAAUGGGAGAGGAACUAUUUAGUCUACAAAGAAUUAAAGAAACAAAACAAAAAAAAAAUUAAACAAAAAAAAAUUAAAAGAAACAAAAAAAAUAAAUAAAUAACCCACGUGGCUUUCCAGAAGAAUGAUUCUCUACUGAAAAGUGAAAACAAAACCGCAUCCAUAGGAUUAUGAUCACCUUUCUCCAGUUGCCACCCUUUCCUCCUGCACCCUUGGCUGGAUUCCUGUUCUAACUCCUCCUGCUUGGCGUUAGGAUGCUCUAACCUCCGAAUGUGACACGAACACAGGCACUAGAUGCUAUGGCAGACUUCCAGCAAACAGGGGAAGGACACAUUAUAGACUUGCUAAGUAACUUUUUUUUUGGUUUUUUUUUUUUUCCUUUUUCCUCUCAAUAGCCCUUUGCUGGUUUGAUUAUUUUGGGGGAUGUUGGGGGAGGGGGUCCAUUUUCAGUGUAUGCUUUCUGGGUCUACUUUUUUGAUUAUAUAUAUAUUUUUUUUUCUCUCUCUUCUCUCACUUUGCUGUAGAUUGCUACUUUUUUGCAUUCCUGCAGGAUAUGUUGCUAGGUCGACUUCAUCUAGUAAACUGAAAAUUGUUGCUUAAAAUCAAACCG